CGAAAGCGUUGACUGCGCUAUACCAAGCGUAUCCAUACAGCGGCAAGCUAUGAGCGCCUCGAAAAAAUAUAAAUCGGAAAUUGCAACAGAGAUUUUACAUCAGCAGGAUACUGAGAAUAUAAAUAACUGUUUUCGCAAAGCGACCGAUUUAUUUGGUCCAUCGACAUCAGCAGCAGCAGCGGCGGCAGCAGCAUCAUCAUCAUCGUCGGUUGGUCGUAUAGCCCUGGGUCACAAUACAAAUAAUAUGCAACGUUCCGGUAGUAAUACAAACAUAAAUAGCUCCAAUAAUGGAGCAACAAUUGGUACCAACGGGGAACGUCGUGCCAAUUUUUCAAUGUUGGAUACUACGACCCAUUUAAAUGAUCAUCGUUCGUCAACAACUACCUCAGCAUAUUUUAAUAAAUUGGGAGUGAAUAAUACUUCAAAGCCGGGUGAUGUUAAAAAAAUUGUUAUAAAAAAUUUUAAAGUUAAACCUACACUGCCCGAAAACUAUUCUGAAAAAACAUGUCAAAAAUUAGAAGAAGCCGUUGUGGCCAUACAGCUAUCACGGCCAAUAAAAUAUUCUCUGGAAGAAUUAUAUCAGGCCGUUGAAAAUAUGUGUAGCCAUAAAAUGGAUGCUCAACUCUAUACAAAAUUAAAAGAUUUGACCGAGGCUCAUGUUAAACGUAAUGUGGAAACGUUUACCGGUGGCAGCAUGGAUAAAUUGGUUUUCUUGAAGAAAAUCAACGAUUGGUGGCUGUCAUAUUGCCAACAAAUGAUUAUGAUGCGUAGCAUAUUUCUAUAUUUAGAUCGUACAUAUGUUUUACAAAAUCCAACUGUACAAUCUAUAUGGGACAUGGGCUUAGAUUUAUUUCGCACCCACAUAGCCCUCAAUAGUCUUGUACAAAAACGUACCGUUGAAGGUUUAUUAAUGCUCAUUGAAAAAGAACGUAAUGGUGAUGCGGUAGAUCGUGGUCUCUUGAAAAGUCUUAUACGCAUGCUGUGUGAUCUACAGAUCUAUAUAAGUGCUUUCGAGGAGAAAUUCUUAAUAGCCACAAGACAAUUGUAUCAGGCCGAGGGCCAAAGGAAAAUGCAAGAAUUGGAUGUACCCGAAUAUUUGCAACAUGUCGAUAAACGUUUGGCCGAAGAAAAUGAACGUUUACUGCAUUAUUUGGACUCGGGGACGAAACAUCCUUUAAUAUACACAGUCGAAAAAGAAUUACUUGCCGAACAUUUAACGCAAAUCUUACAAAAAGGCUUAGAUACCCUUAUGGAAGAACAUAGACUGAAUGAUUUAACACUAUUAUAUAGUUUAUUAAGUCGCGUCAAAAAUGGCACAGCCGAACUAUGUGGAAAUUUCAAUGGUUAUAUUAAAAAGAAGGGUCGUACCAUUGUCAUCGAUCCGGAAAAGGAUAAAAAUAUGGUACAAGAUUUGUUAGAUUUCAAAGAUAAAAUGGAUGUCAUUGUUCGCACAUGUUUCGAACGUAAUGAGAAAUUUACAAAUUCAUUACGCGAGGCAUUUGAAUUCUUUAUAAAUCAGCGUGCUAAUAAACCUGCUGAAUUGAUUGCUAAAUAUGUGGACAUGAAAUUACGUGCUGGCAACAAGGAAGCCACCGAAGAAGAAUUGGAACAAAUGCUCGAUAAAAUUAUGGUCUUGUUCCGUUUUAUUCACGGCAAGGAUGUUUUCGAAGCGUUUUAUAAAAAGGAUCUAUCCAAACGAUUAUUGCUUGGCAAAUCUGCAUCGGUGGAUGCUGAAAAAAGUAUGCUGUCCAAACUCAAACAAGAAUGUGGCGGUGGGUUUACAUCAAAAUUGGAAGGCAUGUUCAAAGAUAUGGAAUUAAGUCGUGAUAUAAAUAUCGCUUUCAAACAAUAUGUUGCCAAUAUGGAAGGUGAAUUUACCAGCAUCGAUUUAACCGUUAAUAUCUUAACAAUGGGCUAUUGGCCGACAUAUCCAUUGACGGAGGUGAAUAUGCCACCGCAAUUGGUGAAUCCGCAACAGGUAUUCAAUAAAUUCUAUUUGGCCAAACAUAGUGGACGUAAAUUACAAUGGCAGCCCACAUUGGGUCAUUGUGUACUAAAGGCCAGAUUCGAUGCCGGUCACAAAGAGCUCAUGGUGUCAUUGUUCCAAGGAUUGGUGUUGUUAUUGUUCAACGAUAGGGAUACCCUUUCGUUUGAGGAGAUUCUAGCCGCUACAAAUAUUGAGAGUGGUGAAUUACGGCGUAUAUUACAAUCAUUGGCAUGUGGUCGUGCCCGUGUUAUAACGAAAGAACCAAAAGGCCGUGAAGUGGAAGACAAGGAUCAAUUCCAUUAUAAUAAUGAAUUUACCAAUAAACUAUUCCGCAUCAAAAUCAAUCAAAUACAAAUGAAGGAAACGACGGAAGAACAAAAAGCAACCGAGGAAAGAGUAUUUCAAGAUCGUCAGUAUCAAAUUGAUGCGGCUAUUGUUCGAAUUAUGAAGAUGCGUAAAACUUUGUCACAUAAUCUGCUUAUUACGGAACUAUUUAAUCAAUUAACGUUUCCUGUUAAGCCUGCUGAUCUUAAAAAACGUAUUGAAUCGCUUAUCGAUCGUGACUAUAUGGAACGCGAUAAGGAUAAUCAAAAUCAAUAUAAUUAUGUGGCUUAAGUAAACUCAAAUAAAAA